UCCUCUCCCUCACAGCUUCAUACCCGUUUGUGUCUUUUUUUUCUCACCACCGAUCGGGCGAUUCCAGAUAUGGCAGAAUCGGUGGAAUUACCGAGUCGACUCGCGAUUCUUCCUUUCAGAAACAAGGUCUUGUUGCCCGGAGCGAUUAUUCGAAUUCGAUGCACUUCUCCGAGCAGUGUGAAAUUGGUGGAGCAAGAGCUGUGGCAGAGGGAAGAGAAGGGGUUGAUAGGGGUCCUUCCAGUUCGAGAUGCUGAGACAACCUCGGUCAAUCCAGUGUUAUCUCCAGGUGCGGUAAAUGAUUCUGGGGAGCAAAGUUCAAAAAUUCCGUUUAAUGCAUCUGAUUCUCACAAGCAGGAUGCAAAAAAUCAGCAGGAACUAAUUCACUGGCAUACCAGGGGAGUUGCGGCUAGAGCUUUACAUCUCUCCAGAGGUGUAGAGAAACCUAGUGGGAGGGUCACAUACAUAGUUGUUCUUGAAGGUUUGUGCAGAUUCAGUGUUCAAGAACUCAGUGCGAGAGGAACAUAUUACAUAGCACGCAUCUCACGCCUUGACAUGACAAAGGCUGAGAUGGAGCAAGCAGAACAAGACCCAGAUCUCAUAGCACUGUCUCGCCAAUUCAAAGCUACUGCCAUGGAGCUGAUCUCUGUUCUUGAGCAGAAACAGAAAACUGUUGGUAGGACGAAAGUUCUUCUUGAGACGGUUCCUGUACACAGGCUAGCUGAUAUAUUUGUUGCCAGUUUUGAGAUAAGCUUUGAGGAGCAGCUGUCAAUGCUGGAUACAGUCGACUUGAAAGUAAGGCUAUCAAAGGCUACUGAGUUAGUUGACAGGCAUUUACAGUCAAUUCGAGUAGCAGAGAAAAUAACCCAAAAGGUUGAGGGGCAGUUGUCGAAAUCUCAGAAAGAAUUCCUUCUGCGUCAGCAGAUGAGAGCUAUAAAGGAGGAACUUGGUGACAAUGAUGACGAUGAGGAUGAUGUGGUUGCCUUGGAGAGAAAGAUGCAAAGUGCAGGAAUGCCACCAAAUGUUUGGAAGCAUGCACAAAGGGAGUUAAGGCGUUUGAGAAAAAUGCAACCUCAGCAACCUGGAUAUAGUAGUUCACGUGUAUACCUGGAGCUUCUUGCCGACCUCCCUUGGCAGAACGCCAGUGAAGAGCGUGAACUGGAUCUCAGAGCUGCUAAGGAGCGUCUUGAUAGCGAUCAUUAUGGUUUAGUCAAAGUUAAGCAGCGGAUAAUUGAAUACCUAGCUGUUCGAAAGCUUAAACCAGAUGCCAGAGGUCCAGUGCUGUGCUUUGUGGGACCACCAGGUGUUGGAAAGACAUCUCUGGCAUCAUCCAUUGCUGCUGCCUUGGACAGAAAAUUUGUACGGAUAUCUCUUGGUGGUGUCAAGGAUGAGGCUGAUAUCAGAGGACAUAGAAGGACAUACAUUGGAAGCAUGCCGGGGCGUCUUAUCGAAGGGUUGAAGAGAGUAGCCGUUAGCAAUCCCGUCAUGCUUCUAGAUGAGAUUGACAAAACUGGUUCUGACAUCCGUGGGGAUCCAGCUUCAGCACUAUUGGAGGUUCUUGACCCAGAGCAGAACAAAACGUUUAAUGAUCACUAUUUGAAUGUCCCAUUCGACCUUUCAAAGGUGAUUUUUGUCACAACUGCAAACAGGAUUCAGCCAAUUCCUCCUCCUCUUCUCGAUCGUAUGGAAGUCAUUGAGUUACCUGGUUAUACACCUGAUGAAAAGCUAAAAAUAGCUAUGCGGCAUUUAAUUCCACGAGUUUUGGAUCAACAUGGGUUGAGCUCUGAGUCGCUUCAAAUUCCUGAGGCUAUGGUGAAACUUGUGAUUCAAAGAUACACAAGAGAAGCCGGUGUGAGAAAUCUGGAGAGGAACUUAGCUGCCCUGGCUCGUGCAGCUGCUGUCAGAGUUGCUCAGCAAGAAUGUGCGGUUCCUCUCAGCAAAGAUGUGCAUCCGAUGGCUGAAUCACUGAUGGAUACCAGACUCGCAGACAGUGGGGAAGUUGAAAUGGAAGUUAUUCCAAUGGGUGUUAAUGGUCAUGAAAUAUCAAAUGCUUUCAGGAGUGCCACAGCAUUGGUUGUUGAUGAGGCGAUGCUGGAGAAGGUUCUUGGGCCUCCUAGGUUUGACGACACAGAAACUGCAGAACGAGUGGCUGCUCCUGGAAUAUCAGUUGGUCUUGUUUGGACCUCCUUCGGCGGGGAAGUUCAGUUUGUAGAGGCCACAACGAUGGUGGGCAAGGGUGAUUUGCAUCUUACUGGCCAACUUGGUGAUGUCAUCAAAGAAUCGGCACAGAUAGCUCUAACUUGGGUGAGGGCAAGAGCAGCAGACCUCAAGUUGUCAGCUGCUGGGGAAAUCAAUUUUCUGGAGGGACGGGACAUUCAUAUACAUUUUCCUGCGGGCGCUGUACCUAAGGAUGGACCAUCAGCAGGAGUGACUUUGGUAACGGCAUUAGUUUCCCUGUUUGGUCAGAAAAAAGUCCGAGCAGAUACAGCUAUGACUGGAGAAAUGACUUUGAGGGGUCUUGUGUUACCUGUUGGUGGUAUCAAGGACAAGAUAUUGGCAGCUCAUCGCUACGGUAUCAAAAGAGUUAUCCUGCCUGAGAGAAAUUUAAAAGACUUGGUGGAAGUACCAUCAGCUGUUCUUGCAGGCAUGGAGAUACUACUUGCCAAGCGAAUGGAAGAUGUGUUGGAGCAAGCUUUUGAAGGUGGAUGCCCUUGGAGACAGAACUCAAAGUUAUAAUGAAAUGUAUGACUGCUGAUAAAGGCUAAAUGAUGGGCGGAAGUGCCCUCCCCACACAAAACACGGAAUCAGUUUUUUUGCUGUGUUUGGCCAGCAGCACGUAGCGACCAUUUUGAUAAUCAACAGGCUGUUCUUAUCAGCAGUGAAGGAUGGAAGCGGUCCAUGAGAAGUUCUGGUAGUAGCCAGUAUGUCAUCCUGUCCUGUGGUAAGACUAAUCUUCUCUCCACGUUGUCGCCAUCUAUGAGGUUUGUCUACAUGCUUCCGAGUUGUAUUAUAUGAAUAGGAAGACGGCUUCUAAUUGUAUUUCUGUUAAUGACGGGGGACUAUCAAGAAUGUAUAUUAUUAGGCAUUCAAGUAUUUGAAUGGCCUGUAUUUGUUUUAUCGCAAAUCUAAAAAUGUCAUUUUGUUUUCA